AUGGCUGAAAGUUAUGGACAAGAAAAGGCACAAUGGAUUACCACAGUAAUCAUGAGUUCCGCACUUCAGGGUCAUGAAAUUUCAGUGUCUCUACAAAACCAGCAGCACCGGAUUCGUUAUUCAGAUUCAGUAGAAACUGGAUCAAUUAUUUUCUCCCUUUCAGGUGUUGCGUUUUUAUUGGCUGAUGUUCAAGACUUGUCUCUCACAAAUAGAGAACUAUUCUUUGACAGAAUAAAGAAGUUCAUGACCAUUCAUAGGAAUGGAUUUUUGUUGUUGUCAGCAGCCCUUCAUGGACCAAAAGAAUGGGAUGUAAUGUUCCGAAUUCAGCAGAGAUUCCUGGGCAGCAAUUUACGAAUAAUUCCCAUUCACAAUCCUGGUGAAGCUGUUAAACUUAUGCUGACUAUUGCAAAGACCACUUCAAAACCAUCCUUGGACAGCAUUCGCUGCAGAAUGUUAAUGGCAAGAACACAAAUAGUGGAACAAAGUCCAGUUUGGAAAAUGCUUCUUCAGAACCAACUUGAUUGUAACUUAUUAAACACUAGUUAAAGUUUUAUUCAUAACUUGGUCUUAUUUAUUUGCAACAUAACAUCUUAAUUCCGUGCUUUAAAAAAUGCAUUGCAAAGGAGCCCGAAAUGAAAAUACAUCAAUAAAUGGUAGUUUAAUUUCCUAAAUCAGAACCAAAGACACAUAGCAGUUCAUUUAAAGUUUUAUUUGUCUUUCAGCAUUUAAGAAUUUGAACAAUUAAUACUUGUAUAUUUAAGUUUUGAGUGGAAAUUGGUAUUCAGGUGGUCUUAGAAGUAACACUGAGAGAAUGUUCAUUAUUCAAAUGCACAGAAGAGCAAUGUGUACAUAAUUACAGUGAUGCAUGUAGUUUAUAGCAAACUUCUUGUUUACUCAGCUAUACUUCAGCUUUUCUAAGAAUGUCUUUUUUCUUGUUGACAUUUCCCUCAUAAAUAGAAAUAAACAUGUGCACUGUAUUCAAGA